AUGGAGAAGUUGCGAACGCUGCUGAUUGCGAAUCGCGGCGAGAUUGCCGUCCGCAUCUCCAAAACCGCGAGGGAACUCGGGGUCCGCACGGUCGCAAUCUAUACACAAGCAGACUCAACUUCGCGACAUGUUUCAGUGGCAGAUGAGGCCGUCUUGCUACCGGGCGAGGAUGCCACUGCAUAUACCGACGGUGUGAAACAUAGAGACGCUAUCAUAGAAAUUGCUCGUUUACGGAAUGUCGACGCCAUUAUUCCCGGAUAUGGCUUCCUUUCAGAAAACGCCGAUUUUGCCCAGGCCGUGGUCAGCGCAGGCAUGGUGUUCGUAGGUCCGAAGCACGAUGCAAUUGAGGCCUUUGGAUUGAAGCAUCGAGCGCGAGAAAUGGCUAUAGAAGCCGGCGUGCCUAUUGUUCCAGGAACAAGAGGGCUGCUUGCUACAGAGGAAGAAGCAGUCAGUGCGGCAGAUGAAUUGGGAUACCCGGUAAUGCUAAAAGCCACCGGGGGUGGUGGUGGAAUGGGUCUGGUUAUAUGCAACUCACCUAGCGAGGUCCGAGAUACAUUAGCUCAGGUCCGUUCGCGGGGAGCAGCAUUGUUCAAAAAUGCCGGAGUGUUUCUAGAACGAUACUAUGCACAAAGCCACCAUAUUGAGGUGCAGGUAUUUGGCAACGGUCUCGGAGACGCUGUUCACUUCGGAGAGCGCGAGUGCUCAAUCCAGCGUCGGCAUCAAAAAGUCGUAGAAGAGUGUCCCAGUCCUUUUGUCGAGAGGCAUCCAGAUUUACGCAGGAGGUUGACCUCUGCGGCUGUGGCCCUGGCGGAAUCGGUAAGCUAUGCAUCUGCGGGCACAGUAGAAUACCUUGUGGACGAUGUAUCUGGCGAUUUCUUCUUCCUAGAGAUGAACACCCGUCUGCAAGUCGAACAUGGCAUCACGGAGCUCUGCUAUGGAGUUGACCUGGUAAAACUCAUGUUGGAACAAGCCGACCGAGAACUUGCUGGCCAAGGAGGUAUUGACGGAAAGUAUUUGAAAUCGCUGCAGCCCGAACUACCAGUAGGAGCUGCUAUUGAAGUUCGUGUUUACGCAGAAAACCCGGCUCGCAAUUACACGCCGUCCCCUGGCUUGCUGCAAUUCAUUCAAUGGGCAGAGCUGGAAGGGACUCGUAUCGACACUUGGGUAGGCACCGGGACCAGGAUUUCAACUUUCUACGACCCCAUGAUUGCCAAGUUAAUGGUACAUGCUUCCGGGCGUAAUGAAGCGAUUGAAAAACUUGGUCGCGUGCUUUCUCAAUCCAUCAUCUGUGGCCCUCCAACGAACCUCGACUUCUCACACGCGAUUAUACAAUCCACCACUUUCAAAAGUGGACACACUUUGACAAAUUUCCUAGAAACCUUUGAAUAUAGCCCAAGUGCCAUUGAUGUUAUCUCACCGGGCGUCUACACCACGGUCCAGGACUUCCCAGGUCGUCCCAACGCAGGGCAAGGAAUUCCCCAUGCAGGACCAAUGGACCCUCUUGCAUUCCAAAUCGGGAAUCUUCUGGUGGGAAACCCUCGUAAUACAGAAGGGUUAGAAAUUACUCUGAGAGGCCCAGAGCUACGAUUUUUGGCCCCUGCAGUUGUCUCAGUGUGUGGUGCUCCGAUUGCAUUGACCCUUGACGGUGUUGAUGUCCCCAUGUGGACGCGGCUAUACAUAAAACGUGGCCAAGUUUUGUCUAUCGGAAAAUUGCUAGAGUCAGGAGGUUGCAGAGCAUAUCUCGCCGUAUUGGGAGGUUUCCCUGCUAUUGCCCAGUACUUUGGUUCCAAGUCUACUACGCCCCUUCUUGGGAUCGGUGGUUACCAGGGUCGAGCUCUUGCUCCAGGAGAUCUCCUGGCUAUAAAAAAAGUCGACCUAAAUGACUCAUCCUCUGUUGUUUCCCUUCCUCGGAGUUUACGUCCGAAAUACACAAACCAUUGGGAUAUCUACGCUAUGGUCGGACCGUACGAUGAGGGUUAUAUGGGCGCAGAAGAUAUAGAGAUGAUUUAUAAUACCAUCUGGAAAGUUUCACACAAUGCCACUCGCGGUGGUAUUCGUCUGGUCGGCCCAGCGCCUACAAAAUGGGCCAGGAAAGAUGGCGGCGAGGGUGGACAACAUCCCAGCAAUGUCAUUGAGUAUGGAUAUCCAUUGGGUACUUUAAAUUGGACGGGAGAGAGCCCGUGCAUCUUCCCCGUUGACGCCCCUGAUCUUGGAGGAUUUAUUUCCUCGACCACAAUAGUCAAAGGAAGCCUCUGGCGAUUGGGACAAGUGAAAUCGGGUGACACAAUCCAAUAUCGCAGAGUAUCUUUGGAAGACGCACUUCGGAUUGCAGCUCAACUCGAGAAGUUCCUGGAUGAUGUCGCCUCCUUUGUUGUGGGAAAGCGUCAACUAGACGAAAUUGAACCAGUUGAUCACCAAUCUUUGCCCGAGUCAACUGUCUCCGGUAAUUUUGGAAAGGCAGUUGUUUUCGAGAAGAUUUUGGAUGGGUCGAAUCUUAAGAUAACCUUCAGACAGGGUGGUGACGAUUUCCUUCUCGUCGAGUACGGUAAUGGGAACUUCGACCUUAACAACCGUUGUCGAGUGACGAGAUUAGAAGAGGUUCUUCGAAAGUCGUGCGAAAUUGACCAAAUAUUUAAGAACGGUAUUUACAAGACAAUUGGAUGCUGUAACUCACUGUUGGUCCAUUAUGAUGGCUUGAAGCUCCCACGUCAGAAGUUGAUGGAUCUUCUGAUAUCCUCACAGAGCGAGAUAGGCGACCUCAGCAGCUCCAAGGUUCCUAGUAGACGAUUCCGCCUACCCAUAUGCUUUGAGAGCCCGGCGCAACAAGAAGCUAUUCAGCGCUACAUGAAAACCCAGCGACCACAUGCCCCGUUCCUACCGGAUAACAUGGAUUUUGUAGCCAAGAUUAAUGGAAUUACCUACGACGAACUCGUAAAGGUUUUCCUGACUACGGAGUUUAUGGUUAUUUGCGUGGGCUUUUUCUGUGCCGAUACCAUCUGCCUUCCGAUUGAUCCUCGAUACCGACUGACGUGUCCCAAGCAAAACCCCAGUCGAGUAUACACGCCUGAGGGAAGCGUGAGCUGGGGUGGCUCAUGUAUGAAUAUCUAUCCAGUGGAUUCUCCAGGUGGAUACCAACUCACCGGUCAAACAAUACCUUGCUUUGACCAGCUCAGUGUAAAGCCUGGAUUUGCGUCGGGCCAGCCGGGCCUUUUCCGAGAUUUUGAUCAAAUCACCUUUUAUCGCGUUGACAAAGAGGAAUUUGAGCGUGACAUGGCGCUUUUCCGGUCUGGGCGCUAUGAGUUCAAGAUUGAAGAAGACGUCUCCUUUGACAUGGGCGCACACAACAAGUUACUUUUAGAGACACAGGAGGAGGUUUCUUCCUUCAAAAAUCGGCAGCUCACGGCCCAGACGGACAUGCUGGCUCUCGAAAAGGCCUCCAUGGAGCGUUGGAUUGCUGAGAAAUCCAAACAUAGUACUCCAGCUGAUGAAGUUGAGAUAUUGAAGCAAGAAGACCCCGAUAAUCUAACUCUCGACUCGCCUCUUGAUGCGAAUGUAUGGAAAGUCAAUGUUAAGGAAGGACAACUUCUCAGCGCACAUCAGGUUGCAGUCAUUCUCGAAGCAAUGAAGAUGGAGAUCUCCGUCUCCUAUGCUGGGGAUAAAAAGGAUACUGCCGAUGCACAGUUUAAGGUCAUCAAGGUUCUUGUUCAGCCUGGAGACACCGUGAAGGCCGGAGAAACGCUGAUGUUCGUGAAAGAACUAUGA